AUGUCAUAUAUCUUGCAGCAGAAGGUCUCCUUUGGUGCUGACAAUUGGUGCUUGCGGCUGCGGCCAUUGUACCAGGCAGGAGUGUUAGCGGCGUUGAGUAACGGCCAUGUACACCUUGUUGAUUGGGCCACGGGGAAGUCUGUUCUCGAUGUAGCGGCGCACGAGUCGUCGAUAAAUGGGUUACAGGUGCUGGACAGCGCGCAUGACCGGGGGACAGUGUUUGCAACGGCCGCGGACGAUGGCGUGAAACUGUUUGACAUUCGCACACGCGGCUGCGUUGCGACGUUGACGGACGCGAACGGCGCUCCAGCCCUGUCACUGGACUCGCGCCACGGCAUGCUUGCAUUUGGGACUGAGUUGGUGGGGGUUGAUGCCGUGGUUAGUCUCUUUGCUCUGGGCGAGUGGGGGCGGCCACUGCGGGCGUUCGUGGAUUCGCACCACGACGACGUUACAGACGUCAAAUUCCAUCCCACCGACUCGAAUCUGCUACUUAGCGGCUCUACCGACGGAUACGUCAAUGUUUACGACCUGAAACAGUCCGAGGAAGAUGAAGCGCUCCACCAAGUAAUUAACUUUGCCAGUAUCCACUCGUGCGGCUGGCUCUCACCCAAGCGCAUAUGGUCACUGUCGCAUAUGGAGACCUUUGCGAUUCACGAGCUGAACGAUAAAUCGGAGCAUGCCAACGAGCCACAACCGCAGUUGUUUGGCGAUGUCAGGGAACCGUGGGCAUGUGACUACGUGGUGGACGUCUACCCAGGCUUUAUUGCUGCGGGCAGUACCCGAGAAAAUGCCGGAGAGCUGCGGCUGCUGCCCCUACGGGACGAGUGCGUUGAUGCCGCCAAUGCUAUUGUUUUGCCCCAGGCACAUGGUGAUGAAGUUGUCCGCGAUGUCCUUGUGCCAGCAUCCAGCCCAGAGUUGCUCUACUCUGCCGGCGAGGACGGCAACAUGGCUAUAUGGAAGUCCACACUCGGUCCAUUGAACGUGCCAGUCGACUUCUGGGACUACUCCAAGAAGGAGACCGUGCUCGAAGAUCUGCCGUCGAGCGGAUUAGACGACACGCAUUCUGCGCAGCACAACGACCAAGCCAGCAGUCUCUCUGGACAGAGCCAACCGGAGCAACAGGAAUACAGACAGGUACAAAGCGAUGGUAUGAGGAGGAACCGCUCAUCUAAGCACUCCAAGAAGCAUAGCGCUCGGUUUACACCAUACUAG